UGCGCGUUGCUUGUAUUUGCUCAAAUCCAGUUUAAAGGCCCGAGAUUCUCUCACGAAGGUGUCCAAAGGGAGUAGUAAAGUACCGCGUCCAAAGGGAGUAGUAAAGUACCGCUUCCAAUUGACCUCUCGUCUUCCUCGCAAAUCCCAAACCCAAUCUCUCUCUCUCUCUCUCUCUCUCUCUCUCUACAUAUAUAUAUAUAUAUAUAUAUCCAUAUCUAUACGUAUAUAUCAUCUGUACUAUACCGCCAUGGAUUCCAGGUUUCGAGCGAUUGACGGGAGACCACAGACGUACGCCCCUCAUCCUUCGCCGCCAAACGUCAGUUACUUCACAGAACAAGCACGCAGAGUGGGAUACUCGGGGCCUAACUUCGGAAACACAGCCGAGUGCUUUCGAAACCCUAACCCUAUGCACCCUAUGCAUGUAGCGGUGCAGAGGGAACUCGAGAAAGAGCAGAUCAGAGAGGAGAUUAUUGUGGCCGAGAAAGCCCGAAGGCGAGCACUGGAGGAGGAAGUGAGGAGAGAGAUGAUGUUAGAGAGAGAAAUGGCAUUGCGCAGGGGUGGUGGCGAUGGUUUCGCAAUUUUCUCAGGGUUUGAACCGAGACAUUCGGUUAUGCAGCAUCAAUUUGAAGGUAGAUCGCUCGAGGAGAGAAUCGUAUUGGCAAUCGAGGAGAGGUUUAGCAACAGUGGUCGACGUGCCGGCAUUGGUGGGGGAUUUGAGACGGUGCCGUUUCAGCGGAUUGCAGAGCCGAAGGUUACUGAGGUCAAACCUACUUCUGAGGUUUGCAAAGAGAAGGUUAUUUUCCUGGCUAAGCCCGAGGGGAGUACAUCUGGGACAAAGCGUAAAGCUGCAACUCCACCAACAGUAUGUGCUACUGAGCCUCCAUCAGUUAGUCCAAAGAAGAAACGCAAAGAGGAGUGGAGUUGUGCAAUAUGCCAAGUUAGUGCGACAAGCGAGCGAGGCUUAAACGAACACCUUCAGGGGAAGAAACAUAAGUCCAGGGAGGCGGGACUUAUAACGCAAAAGGCAGGCAAGAACUAUGCCAUUGGGCUUUUCCCUAAGAAAACUUCCAAGCCCAUUAAGCUUGUGGAGCCCACCAAUAAUAAGAACUUGGAGCAGCUGCAAAAGUCAAAGCCCGAAGAUGUAAAGCCUAAUAAUGAUUUGGCGUUGGUGGUGUAUGCUAGUGAUUCGAAGAACAAGAAUGGGGACUCGGAGAAAAUGCAGGACAAGGAUGCAGAUUGGAAGAAGAUUCAGAAGAACAAGAACAGGUUUAAGUUCUGGUGCGAAAUGUGUCAGGUCGGAGCCUUUUCUGAGAAAGUGCUACAUAGACAUAUGAGGGGAAAGAAGCAUUUGGGAGGGCUCCAGAGACUUGAAGAAAAGAGCAUAUCUGGAGUAGCAGCUAAUCUGGAUGAGGCAACCCAAGUUGGUCUCAAAGAUGAAGAAACGAUGGAAAAUGAGAAUUUGGAGGGAUAUGCUGAUGGGGAGGUUGAGGAAAAUCUGUAGCCAGCGAUUGAUGAGGUUCAUAUGCUGUAGACGGAUGCGGGAUGAGUACGGGAAAGACAAAGACUUUGAUAUGAAUGGGCCUUGAUGGUUACUCAAGUACAUUUGUUGAAAAAGUCACUGAUGAUGCUUAGGAACAGUCUAGAAGCUGUUGUUAAUUUCCUCCACUGUAUUAGUUGGUAUGUAUAGAUAGAAAAAAUUAUUGAGGACUGUGCGCAGGGGUUGUAAAGUCCCUAAACGAACAAGCUUGUUUUCGACAUUGAAACCCAUCAAAUUUGUUUUGCCUAAUUGUUGAAAGAUCACUGUUCAAUUUCA